GAGAGAGAGAGAGAGAGAGAGAAAGAAAGACUGAAUAAAGAAGGGAAGCCGUGCCAGUGAGUCUGCAACGACCACGAACCCCCCCUACAGGAGCCCAGCGCCCGUCCGCGUUCUUUUCUCCCCCGUCGCGUGUCUCUCGCUGUGGAUUACUCGGGUUCGGCACCGGCGGAAGACGGAAUGGAUAAGGCCAUGGUCCCAGCGUAUUGAAUAGCUCGCUGCUGCUGCUGCUGCUGGUGGGGGGAGGUAGAGCCGAGACGCGCACCGUGGAGACAAUUUAUGGGGCAUUGUGCUCGGAGGAAAAUGGUGGAUUAUUUACACUGUAUCAUAAAAACCUUGGAUAUCCUUUCGUAAAACACUGAUUGUCGGGUUUCCGCGCCGGUCUCGGCCCUCUCCACGGGGACUCGGUCGUGUUCUAGCGGCCGGUAGGUAGGGAGCCCCCUCCAGCUCGAUCCAGACGACCUCAUCCACUUCUAUUUCUUUCUAUACAUGUAGGAUCAUCGCGUCGCUUCAACGCGCUCGCUCUCUCGUCCCACGAGAGUCUCAUUCGGAAAACAAGAAACUGCUGGAUUACCUACCGAGCGAUGGAUUUCAACGGCGGCGGCGGCGGCGGGACCAACGAGCUGCACAACAACCAGUUCUAUCAGUGCGAGGAGAACAAGCCACUGCUGGGGGAGAUGUCGGAGGGGAACAACAACAACACCGCCGCCAAGCUGAGCGCGGGGCCGUGCAAAAGGUCCCUGCACCACUGCAGCAGCGGCGGGAUGCGAUACAAGCUGCUGCACGAGGGGGACAUCCAGGUGUGCGUGGUCAAGCACCCCCGCACCUUCCUUAGCAAGAUCCUCACCUCCAAGUUCCUGCGGAGGUGGGAGCCGCACCACCUCACGCUCACGGACAGCAGCCUGACGUCGGCCACUCCCACCGGUUAUAUGGAGACGUCAUUGUCCUACAGCUCCAUAGAGGACCUGCAGCUCCUCUCGUGGGACAACGCUCCAAAGUACUGUGUCCAGCUCAGCUUCCCCGGCGGCACCGUCCUGCUUCAGGCUGCAAACAGCUACUUAAGGGACCAGUGGUUUCACUCCCUACAGUGGAAGAAAAAGAUCUACAAGUACCGUAAGGUUCUGAACAACCCGAGUCGCUGGGACGUGGUGCUGAAGGAGAUCAGGGCGCUGGUGGACAUGGCUCUGACCUCACCGCUGCAGGACGAGUCCAUCCACCAGGCUCCUCUGCACAUCAUCUCCACCCUGCUGGCUGAGAACUCUAAUCUCAGCACUCAGGAUCAUGAGAACAUCAUUGUGGCUAUUGCUCCUCUUCUGGAAAACAACCAUCCACCACCUGACCUCUGUGAGUUCUUCUGUAAGCACUGUCGGGAGCGGCCGCGGUCCAUGGUGGUGAUCGAAGUGUUCACUCCUGUGGUCCAGAGAAUCCUCAAACACAACAUGGAUUUUGGAAAGUGCCCUAGACUGCGUCUCUUCACUCAGGAGUACAUCCUUGCUCUCAACGAGCUGAAUGCCGGCAUGGAGGUUGUCAAGAAGUUCGUCCACAGCAUGCAUGGGCCAACGGGGCAGUGCCCUCACCCUCGUGUCCUGCCAAACCUGGUGGCAGUGUGUCUCGCCGCCAUUUAUUCCUGUUACGAGGAGUUCAUCAACAGUCGGGACAACUCUCCCAGCCUGAAGGAGAUCAGAAACGGCUGCCAGCAGCAGAACGAACGGAAGCCCCCGAUGCCACUCCGCCUGCUGCGCCCCGAGCCUCCGACCCCGCCCCCUGCCACCCUCCUGCCCCUCUCAGCCAACUCCGGCGCCCCUCAGCCACCUCCUUCCGCCCCCUCAAACCCCGCGCCAUCCAUUCCCAUCUCCUCCCCAACAACUCCCGCCCUGCCCCUCUCCCCUCCCCCUUCCGUCGUAAACUCCAGCGAGAUCCUGGUGGAGCUGGAGCGGAACAACAACUCGGCCAACGCCAGGCGGAAGGGCGGGCCGUCGGGGGGCGACAGCGAGCCCAACCUCAUCGACUGCCUGCUGGUCAGCCCCGCCGUCAACACCCUGUCCAUCCAGCUGCCAGCGCAGGCCGACCGGGUGCUGGGCUGCUUCGCUCUCAUCCUCAAAAUGCUGUCGGACUAUGAUGACUGGAGACCUGCUCUUGCCAGCCUGCUGCAGCCCAUCCCCUUCCCUAAAGAGGCCCUUGCACAUGCCAAAUUCACAAAGGAACUGAAAUACGUCAUUCAGAGGUUUGCGGAGGACCCUAGGCAGGAGGUGCAUUCCUGCCUACUCAGCGUGCGUUCAGGUAAAGACGGCUGGUUCCAGCUCUACAGUCCGGGCGGGGUGGCCUGUGAUGAUGACGGAGAGCUGUUUGCCAGCAUGGUUCAUAUCCUCAUGGGCUCCUGCUACAAGACCAAGAAGUUCCUGCUCUCGCUGGCUGAAAACAAGCUGGGGCCCUGCAUGCUGCUGGCCCUGCGUGGAAACCAGACCAUGGUGGAGAUCCUGUGUCUGAUGCUGGAGUACAACAUCAUCGAGAACAAAGACACCCAGCUGCAGAUCAUCUCCACCCUGGAGAGCACCCAGGUGGGCCUCCGCAUGUACGAGCAGCUCUGCGACCGACAGAGAGAGCUCAAAGAACUGCAAAGGAAAGGAGGCCCCACCCGGCUGACUCUGCCCUCAAAGUCCACGGAUGCAGACCUGGCCCGCCUGUUGAGUUCAGGUUCCUUUGGGAACUUGGAGAACCUGAGCCUGGCCUUCACCAACGUCACCAGUGCCUGUGCUGAGCAGCUCAUCAAGCUGCCCUCGCUCAAACAGCUCAACCUCUGGUCCACACAGUUUGGGGAUGCAGGGUUAAGGUUGCUCUCCGAGCAUCUGGCCUGUCUUCAGGUUUUGAACCUGUGUGAGACUCCUGUCACCGAUGCUGGUCUGCUGGCUCUCAGUUCCAUGAAGAGUCUGUGCAGUCUGAAUAUGAACAGCACCAAGCUCACAGCUGACACAUACGAGGACCUCAAGGCCAAACUGCCCAACCUUAAAGACGUUGACGUUCGGUACACGGAGGCCUGGUGAUCAACCACACUGCGCUCAUACAUAACCAGACACACACACACACACACACAGAUGCACACACUGCACAUAGGCUCAGAUACAUCACAUGGAAACUGUGUAGUGAUGUCACCUGCACCGACGCCCAUCGUUAGACCAGGAACUCUGAUAUCAUCCCCGAUGUGACCACAACAUCUCUGACGUUUUGCCGUCAGAGGCGGAGCCUUCAUCAUCUUCAGAUGCCAUCACCAGGAAGGAACUGUCCAGUCAGCAUCCCUUCUUUUUCUAAAUGAGAAACCUUCAUGGACCUUGCCACUCCCCUUACUUACCUCUUUCGUCAGUGCUACAAGGACCUUGUGAUCAAAGGACAUGCAAGCCCCGUGUUUCACAUUCGGUCUCUCAGUUUUCAUAUCCAGUCCAAGUCCAGCUCUCCCUCCUCUGUGUAUGUGUGUGUCGUGAGGAAAACCUGAGCCUUCCUCUCUUUAAUUCCUCUCUCUGUCUCUCUCCCGCCAUCGCGCCAUGAAGGCUGGACACAGCAGCUCACAUUCCAGUUCUUCUAAUGAUCCGAUCCACUAUGUAGCUCUCCAAACCGACCGUGUUAAACUGUCCCUCUCGCGCUCUUCGGCUUCGGUUUUCAGCCAUCUGGUCUCUCUCGUUUGGAAAAUGAGGUGCUACCUCCGAGAGGAGGAGGAGGAGAAAGAAGAAGGAGAGUUUGCGAGACUGUGCCUAUUCCUCUAAACGCCACAUGUUCACACACAAAAAGGAAAAAAAGGUUUUUAUCAACUUGAAUGGACAUAUUUUUCCAGACAUCUGUGCUUUCAUAUACUGUGUGUUUCUAUAUAAAACAUAUAUAUAUGAGGAGAACCCCCCAGUGAUGACAUUUCAGAAACACUUUGGGACCUCUGCAGGAAAGUUAAAUGGGGAUAGCAACGUUUGGUCCUUUUUACAUUUGUUCUCGGUGUACCAUGCUGAUGAUCUCCCAUUACUAUUUAAUAGGACAGCUGUGUAGCAGUAGCUGGGUGGUCUGGGACCGCCUCAUAUUUAUAAGUUGUAAAGCCUCCUUAGCGCUGUCUCUCCUGGAUUAUUACGUCCUGACAGUAAUGAAGUACACAGGCCCUGUGUUUUUAUUUUGCAACGUACAACAAAAAAAGCCAACCAAGAGGGCACGCUCACAUGGAUCUCUGUGUACCACGCCAUGGUGGUAACCUAGUGGACCUGAUUACCAGACCCAUCACCAGCUGACAGUUGUAUGUUUUCAUAUCCUCUGCAAUUUUUUUGAGUGGUGGUUGGGGGCUCUUUUUGAGACGAGUAAGAAAAAGGAGAAAGGACACUUGCCAAACAUCGUCAUGGAGUUGAGUUUUGUUUUGUGCAUCUUCAGGCCAACGUGGGGCUGGUUCCAGUAGUGACUGGUGUGUCUGCUGGAACCUGCCUGUGGAGACUCUGACCCCCCUACCAGGCUGGGGUCAGGGUGAAGAGUCCCAGUGCCUCUGGUGGAGCUGUGGAUGAGUUGCCUAUUGUUAUCUUUCUAUCUGUCACACCACCUGUUUUGAAUUGUUCUGCUGUAUUUAUAUUACGCCAUAAAAUAUUGGGUGACAUUUUUUUGGCUGUGGGGAUGAUUCGUUCCCCUCAAAGGAUGGGAAAAAAAUUAUUGUACAUAUUCUUUUACAUUGGGCUGUAAGGGACAACAGAUUAGGGGGAAAAUUGGCACCUUUCGGCCACAUUUGCCCGUCUACUUUCCCUCAAAUUGUUUCAUGCGAAGUGGUAACUGCCCUGACGCUCUGUCAGAAUCUCUUUUUCACUCUCUGUCUAGUUUGGGUUGCUUUCUCAAGUCCAAUCUCCACCCUUUUUCCCCCCAGUCGGCCCCGCUCUGACUGCAUCCAUCCGGUUUAUUUAUUUGUGUCGACCUCCAGAGUGCUCGGGAUGUUUGUUGAACGGAGGCAGAAGCUGCAGCAAAGGACAGAACACCGUCCGCCACGAGAGGCUUUGUUUCCUAUUUAUUAGGUGCCAUGCCAGUUUUGGGUUUGGCCCGUGGACUCAGUUUUGCGUACGGCCUUCUUUGGGUCUGGCUCUAGGACCUCUUUCAUAUCCUGUAUGAUGUGUAUAUACCAGUGUAUAUAGUCGUCUCCUCUCUUCGAACCCCCCCACCCACAUUUUACCCUCUUCAUCUUUUUUCUGUAUCUCUCAGCCUCCCUUCAUUGGCCGGCUGGUGUUGCCUUCAUCUUACGUGUGUGUAGUUGUUUUUGUAUUUCACACAAAGUGCACUGUAAUCUAACAAAUAAUGUUUUUCAAAGUAUCUUUUACGUUUUCAGACAUCUUUGAUUUGUUCACUUUAAUCAGACAUUUGUUUCCUGUGUUGUUGAUUAAUUUUUUUGUUUUUUUGCAUGUACACGUCGCUACGUCAUCUGGUAUUUUUUAUUUUGUUUUUAUAAAAAGGUUUGAAAUUUGAUAAAAGGGUCUGAUCACUAUCUCACUGAGGUUAAGGACUGAAACGGAGAGAUACCACAGAAUUAUUUUCUAAUUGGUUGUUGCCGAGAACCGACCUUCGACUCUGGACGGAUCCUAUUGGUCGAGGCAGUCGGGAUUUAAGUGAUAUUGCUUUUCUAAAAAUCUCAUACUGGUACUGAUGGACUGAAGCCGCCCCAAGAUGAGCUUUAAUCAUUGAAGUUUAUUUUCAUAUAUAAAAAAAACAUUCUGCCAGAUAAUCAUAUCAGAGGUGGACCACACUGACUGAACGUUAUCAUUUUUAAAUAAAGCUCCAGUGUAACUUUACUGUAAUUUGUUUCAUCCCUAAUGUCUGAAUGUUUUUUACAUUUGGAAAAUAGGGGGUGUAUAAUGGAAGGUUUUGUGUUGCGUCGUGUCUCCGUAUCCUGUGGAGCUCACUGAGCUUUGCUUUCCCUUCCCGUCCUGACUCCUCCCCCCCCUCUAGUCCAUCACCUCUGAUGUUUGUAGUUAACACAAACUGUAAAGAGUUUCUAUCAUGUCUAUACAGUUGUUAUGGAAGGAACAGGGUCAGAUGUGGCACAGCCUGACAAAUAUGACAGACUGAAUUAAAAAAAAUAAUAAUAAUUCCUUGUAGUAAAAAAUAUGUUUUGGCAGCUGGAGUAAAAGGGGGGGGGUCGGGUCGCCCAUCAUGUUUCUCUCUCUUUUUCAGUCUUUCUCCACGUUGAUCUGCUUCUCCUGCUGGGUUAUUAUUAUUGCUGCUGCUGCUCUGUGGCUGUUGUAAUAAAAAUACAAAAGAUCUUCAACAGGAAAAAUAACAACUAUGAUGUGAAAUAUUUCAAUCAAAAAUAAAUUGUCU